AUGCUCCAGAGAUUACAGCAGGUGAUGGUACUGCUGAUAGACUGGUGUUAUAUUACAAUAGAAAUCAUAAUUCCUGUUCCACAACUCCCCUUGUGGGUUUUAAGGAGUGCUUGGGCGGUCCUGUCCCAGUGCUUUUACAGCACGGGCAGGGCUGGGCCGGAGCGGCCGGAGGGCAUCGCCUGCGCUUCCAGGGGCUGCGGAGGACUCGGCGCCGCACGACCAUGCCGCGGGGCCAGGCCCCACCGCCCCCUCUCGCUGGGCGCUGCUGCUGUGGCUGACGAAGCCUCCGAGCGACCACUGAACGGCAGAGGUGCCAGGGCAGGUCCCAAGGCCUCCACAGCACUGCAGAACUUCAAGCGCAUCGGCAUCCCCAUCCUGGCGGUCGUGCUCGGCCUUGCCAGCCUCAUAGCCAUCGGCUUCUUCGUCAAGAUCUACCUGGACUACUACUCGAGCCCGCCGGCGCGGCUCCUGCCGCGGGAGCAGGCGUGCGACGGCCAGGUCGACUGUGCGCAGGGCGAGGACGAGGCCAACUGUGCCCAGUGGAUGCCCGAUGGGCCGCAGGUGGCCGUCCGCAUCUCCAGGAACAGAUCCACGCUACAGGUGCUGGACACCCUCACUGGAGCCUGGUGCGAGGUCUGCCAUGACUACUUCAACCUUACCGUGGCCGAAGCGGCUUGUAAGCAAAUGGGCUACAGCAGGAAGUGUCUCUCAGGCUCCGCGGUCUCUCUGGUCUGCUCCCAGGCUUGCGGCGAGAGCAGCCGGGCCCCGCGCGUGCUGGGCGGGCGCCCUGCGCCCAUCGAGGCCUGGCCCUGGCAGGUGAGCCUGCGGUACCGCCGGGAGCACAUCUGCGGCGGCACCAUCAUUGACGCCCGCUGGAUCCUCACCGCCGCGCACUGCUUCAAGAACAACCCCCUGGUGCAGCGAUGGCGUGUGAAGGCCGGCUCUGACCUGCUGUCCGGCAGCGCCAACCUCGACGUGGAGAAGGUCAUCCUGGCCAAGGUGACACCCGCCACUCCCAAGGACGAUGACAUCGCCCUGGUCAAGCUGCGCUCCCCGCUGCACUUCUCUGCCAGCAGCAAGCCCAUCUGUCUGCCCUACUUUGACGAGGAGCUGCGCCCCGGCACCGCACUCUGGGUCACGGGCUGGGGUUAUACAAAGGAGAACGGCAAGCUGUCCGAGAUCCUGCAGGAGGCGGAGGUCAUGCUCAUAGACAACCUGAGCUGCAACCGGGCUGCCUACCACGGCGAGGUCACGGAGAAGAUGCUGUGUGCGGGCCUGCCCCAGGGCGGCGUGGACACGUGCCAGGGGGACAGUGGUGGGCCCCUGCUCUACUCGAGCGGCCCCUGGCAGGUGGUGGGCAUCGUCAGCUGGGGCCAGGGCUGCGGCACCCCCAGGACACCCGGCGUCUGCACCAGCGUGCAGGCGUACCUCAACUGGAUCUACACCGUCCGCAGGUUGGAGCUGUAA